AUGCACCUUUCUGUUCUGGUGUCCCUUGGCUUGCCAUGUGCCCGACUGAUGUUUUGCACACGCGAGGGCAGAAUGGAUGCUCGGGCCAUGCCACCACCAUCGUUGUCGUUGUUCACCUUUCACAGCAAUAUCCCCCAUCAGUGUCUAGUGUUUGUUAUUUCUCGGACAUCAGCUUCGAGUGUCACCCAAGCGAACGCAGGUUCCACCAAGUCACCCGAGCAUCACACCAAGCCUGCAUCGGCGCGAACCCCAAAUGAGGCAGCAGAGCCACCGGCCAAAAAGGGCCCGGGCGCCGGGGUUUCUCCCAAUCCCCAGCCGAGUCAGGCAGCUUCUGCUGACUCCAGCCAGAGUACGCGUGAGCAUGCCCGGCCGGUGCCGACUGGAGGCGAGAAGAGCUCUUCCGUGUCUCAAAGCCCAGUGCUUUCCAAGCCCCAGCCCCCUUCGCUGACCGCAUCUUCGGAAAAGUCAGAGCUGCAGCAGGGUGCUGCUACACGGCCCAGCGAGAGCACCGCAUCGGAGAAACCAGCUUCGCCAUUGCGCCAGACACUUUCGCCCAACAAGCGUCCUACUUCUCCAAAGGACAGCACGGAACGACCUAUGACCUCUUCAACCUCAAGCGCUGCUAUUACGACCAAGCCCGAGCCAGCAUCAAUGUCAGCGAGCACACCCACUGCUGCCGCAGGAAAGCAGUCCGGCUCUCCUCCCAGGUCAGGUGCAGAUGUCCAAGGCAGUCCCAGCACCACCACCGCUGCUGCAGCAACGUCGGCCACCACCAAAGAUUCGGCCGUGUCGUCAGUCAACUCCACCAGCAAGACCCAAGAGUCAGGCACCAAAAUUGCCGACACCGCUCCCCCUGCCAGUGCCAAGCCUGAGCAUGCCGAUGCCGAACCUGUUGUCUCUGGUUAUGCAUUGGGGGCCAUUCGUGACGGUCCUCAAGGCCUCAAUGAACAGCCCGACCCAUCCAAGAGCGAAGUUCAAAUUGCCGGUGACUCGGGGUCAACUACUGCGACAAGUGUUGCCACCAGUUCUUCUGCCGCCGGGUCAACUAAACCGCAGAACAAGUCCGUCAGCAAGACAAUGCCCGUGCCCGCACUAACACCAGAUGAUAAGGCCACGGAUGCAAAGGGUCAGGCGUCACCUCCCGCUGCCGGGUUCAAGUCCACUGGUGCGGAUGCACUGGCCAGCAAGACCGCCAGAACGUCGUCACCCUCGGCUUCUGACAAUGCCAACGACAAGCCCAAGUCAUUGCUGCCUGAGACGACUCUUGCUAGUCUGAGCGAGUCUCCAUCCGUCAAUGGCAAGCCACCAAGCUCUGCCAAUGCUUCCCGCCAUGGCGGAGAGGGUUCCAGUGGCUUGAACAAGGGGCCAAAGAAAACCACUCCCCGAAAUGAUGCGCCCAUGCGGUCCAAUCCCGAUGCCACCUCUGACGAUAAAUUGCCGAAACCAAAGGCCAAGCCCAGUGCAGCGGUUCCAUCUGCGGACCGGGUCUCAAAGGCCAACAACAACGAUGGCCCGGCCCGUGCCAACGCCACGUCCCGUGGCCCUCGCACCAACUCAGGCCGUGCAAGUGGUAGCUCACGGCCUUCGUCCAAGACUGCCGGAAACACCGGGCGUGGUGCUGAUGCGACACCACGCAACGCCCGCGGCUCCGACAACAAGGCGGAGGUCGCUCCAGACACCAAGGCUAAUACUGCACGGCCACAGGCCGGAUGGUCGGCCAAACCUGAAAGUGCUGCCACUGCGAAUCAGCGCUUGAAGGUGGAAGACGCCUUGUCUUAUUUGGACAAGGUCAAGGCUCAGUUUGGUAGCAAGCCUCAAGUGUACAAUCAGUUCUUGGAUAUCAUGAAGGAUUUCAAGAGCCAGCAAAUUGACACGCCCGGCGUCAUUAAAAAAGUAUCGGAGCUGUUUGAGGGAAACCCCGACCUCAUUGUGGGCUUUAACACUUUCUUACCGCCAGGCUACAAGAUCGAGGUGCCGGAUCGUGAAAAGCCGCAGCAAAUCCUCGUCAGCCAGCCGGGCCUGCCCUCAGUGCUACACACCACUGCGGGCGGGCGCGGCCUGACCGCUGUCAAGCCUGAGAUUGAGCCCACCCCCACGGAACGAGCUGUCGCUGCGACACCGGCUGCCGCAGCAAACAUGGCGGCCACCGAGGCGGACGGCCAACCUCGGAAGCAGCUCGAAUUUUCUCACGCUAUCCAAUAUGUGAAUAAAAUCAAGAAUCGCUUUGCUACGCAAUUGGGCGUGUACAAAAACUUUUUGGAGAUUCUGCACACGUAUCAAAAAGAGCAAAAGUCGAUCAACGAGGUUUACUCCCAAGUGGCCGACCUCUUUGCAAAUCAUAAGGACCUCCUGGACGAAUUCUCUCAGUUUUUGCCCGAAGCCGUCCCUGCGGCUCAGGCCCAUGCUGAACGUCAGCGCCGCCAGCAGCGCGAGGCUCGCCGGAGCCGGAGCCGGCGUGCCAGCGAUGGCGAAAGCCGGGCCAAGCGCGCCAAACCAUUGCCUGAACAGCUUUCUGAGCAUGGCCUGAGUACCGAGGAGCUUGCUUACUUUGAUCGCAUCAAAAAGGUGUUGCGCCCAGCUUCAGUGUAUGACAGCUUUCUCAAGUGCCUCAACAUGUUUUCGCACGAGAUCAUUUCGGCACAAGAUCUCAUCAACCUGGUGGAGGAGUUUUUGUCCAAGCACCACGACCUCUUUGAUUGGUUCAAGCGCUUUGUGGGCUACAGCAAUGCCAGCGACGAAGGGGCCGCAAUGAUCGAGCUGGAUCUGGCGAAGUGUGAUCGGCUGGAUCAGAGCUAUCGCCUACUUCCCACUACACACCAGAAGCUACGUUGCUCUGGUCGGCGGCACUUGGAGCCCAACAUCGCCAAGGUGCUCAAUGACAAAUACGUGUCCUUUCCAGUUUGGACCAGCGAGGACUCUUCCUUUGUAGCCAGCAAGAAAAAUGCCCACGAAGAAGCCCUCUUCCGCUGUGAGGAUGAACGCUUUGAGCUGGAUUUGAUUUUGGAGUGCAACCUUGCCACAAUCCGUGUGCUGGAAAUGGUCAUGCAUGAGUUGCAAUUGCGCCCCGAGGAUCAGCGCCGAACCUACUCGUUCAACAUCAAGAACCUUGGUGGACGCUCAGAGAGCAUUCACCGCAAAGCCGUGUCCCGCAUUUAUGGCCCGCGAACAGACGACGUCUUGCAGGCUCUUCGCCGCGACCCCUAUGCACACAUCCCCAUCGUGCUGCAGCGCCUGAAGCAGAAGCAGCAAGAAUGGCGCAAGGUGCAGCGUGCGUGGAACGAGUCGUGGCGUGAUGUGAUUGAGAAGAACUACCUCAAAUCGCUUGACAAUAAGUCUUCCACCUUCAAGCGCAAUGAUACCAGCGCCAUCAAGGCCAAGAUCAUCCGCGCCAACUUCAAGGACAAGCGUGAACAAGCGCGCAAGGCUCUCAAGGAACUCCGCAGUGGCGCAGACGUCGAUCGGUCGCUGUACCUGCCCCGCGAGCUUCUGGACUUUUCUGAGGAUGUGCGCAAGUAUGUCAACCAAAUUGUGUUGGCUGCCUACAACAAGGUGUCAAAGAGCGGCGAACAGACCCGUGAUAACAUUGCGGCCCUCUUGGACGAUUUUGUGGCGUCAUAUAUCAGCGGCGAGUUCUCCGUGCCCUCGAAGCAAAACCGGGGCGAAGGCGCGUCGUCUGGCGAGCCCCGCAAGGGCGUCGAAUCAAUCAUGACGAAGGUCAAGUUUCGAGGUAGCACGCCUGCAAAUGUCUUCUACUGCAGCAGUCGGUGGGCCGUGUUCUGGAUGCAGUAUAACAUGCUGUGGACGCGCGUGGCUAACAUUGUCAAGAUUUGCCGCGAGUGCGAGCAGGCUUUGCGUGAUGAUCCAGAGGGGAAGCGGGCGCACGAGCGCCCUACUGCCGUCUUCUUGGCACUGACCCUGCCCUCCGAGUAUGAUCGCUCAGCACUACUGGACGUCUUUUUGGAGCUGACGACCAAUGUGGUGGAGGGCAACAGCGACAUGCAGUCGUAUGAGGACGCCAUGCGUGAUCUCUUUACCACAGCUUCCUAUCAGCUGACUACUAUUGACAAGCUGGCACACGCUUUGUACCGCCAGCUGGAGACGUUGAUGGAUCAUCCCAGCUCAGCGCUCUCGGGUGCUUUCUUGCGUAAUCUGGCUGGCGAGCGCUUCACGCUUGACGGCGAAUCAGCCAAUGAGUCCACACAGACGGACUAUUUGACCUAUGUUGUGCACACCUUGGGCGACUCUAACAAGACGCUGUACAAGACGUACCAUGCCGAUGGCAAGAUUUGCGUUGAAAUUAUCGACCUUGAGCCAGGGCCUGAUGGCACGACAACCACGGCCGGUGCCAAUUGGCUCAACUACAUCGAGAAAUACAUGGAUUUCAGCCAUUUAGACGAAGAUCUCCUCCGUCAGUCUGUCCACAAGCCUUUUCUCAACCGAAACAAACGCAAGGCGGGCUACGAACAGCAAGCUAACUGGGAGGAUCGCGUCGUUUUUGACAACAAGCUCGAGUGCCACUUCCGACUCAAUGCUUACAAAAUGUUUUUCGUCGUGCGAUCGGGCGAUCUGCUCUUCCGGCACCGCGAAAUCCCUCCCCAGUCUGAACGCCAGGCACCUCAAUCACGGGUGCGCAAGCACAACAAGUUUCGGGGUUGGAUUGGUUCGUGGCUUGAGAAACAUACCACACAAGCGGAGCGUGAAUCCUGCGACAACUUUUUGCGCGGCACCACCUCCAAGGUUGCGACGGAGAGCAGUAAGUGUUCUUACUUGUUCAAAGGUCACAAUUUGGGCAGGCCAUGA